AUGUCCUCUGCAGCGGCUGCCGACGCCUCGCAGGCGCCCAAUCCAGCGGGGUCGAAGAAGAAGAAUAACAAGAAGAAGAAGAACGCCAAUAAGAGCAAGGAUAAUGCCCCAGCCGACAGCGGCAAGCCGCAGGAAAACCACGGUGACGAUGGCGACGAUAAUGAUGACGACGAACACGAGCAGUCCAACGACGAGCCUGCGAAAAAUGCCUUGAAUGGGCAUGCAACCCAUUCUUCCAAUAAAAGCGAUACGACUAGCGACAGCAAGGGUCAAGAGGCACUCCAAGCAGAGGUCGAGCAAUUGCGCAAACAACUAGAAACCAUACAACAGACACACAAGACCGAAAUUGAACGACUGCAAACCGAGCUAGAAGAAAGCAACGCUGCAAAAGAGACGGCGGAAGAGCAAUACCAGACGCUACUGGAGCGUGUAGAAAAGAUCAAAGAAACAUUGAGCGACAGGCUACGGCGCGACAAGGCAGAGCUAGAGGAGGCCAAGGAGCGAAUAGAGGAGCUGGAGACACAAAAUGAGCAGCUCCAAAACUCGGCGAGCUCCUCCGACAAGGACCACCAUAAGCUCCGACAAGACCUUCAAGAUGCCAACCGCGAGUUGACGACGCUGCGCAGCCGCAGCAACCUGUCGACACAAAAUUGGAACAAGGAGCGCGAGGACCUGACCCGCGCGGUGCAGCACCUCAAGGAGGAGAUGGAGACGACGGCCAACGCCAUGGGUGAGUGGGAGGUGAUUGCCAUGGAGGAGCGAUCCGUCAAGGAGAGCCUCAACGACAAGAUUUCCGAGCUCGAGGAGCAAAUAGCCUCGCUCAGGCAAGGCUACGAGAGCGCGGCCAGCGAGCGCGACAGCCAGUCGACGCUGAUUGACAACCUGCAGAAUGCGCUGCGCGAGAUUCAGGACGCGCGCAAGAAGGAGCUGCGCGACAUGGUCGAGAGCACCGAGGCGCAGCUGCAGGCGCAGAAGAAGCUGGCGUCCGAGGCCGAGGCGCGCGCCGCCGAAGCCCAGGACGCCAAGGCGACGCUGUCCAAGGAGGUGGAGCGGACGGCGCCGUUUGAAAAGGAGGUCAAGGAGAAGAACCUGCUCAUCGGCAAGCUCAGGCACGAGGCCAUUGUGCUCAACGACCACCUGACAAAGGCCCUGCGCUACCUCAAAAAGACCAAGCCCGAGGAGAAUGUCGACAGGCAAGUCGUCACCAACCACCUCCUCCACUUCCUCACGCUCGACCGCGGCGACGUGAAGCGCUUCCAGGUCCUGCAGGUCAUGGCCGGCUACCUGAACUGGACCGACGAGCAGCGGGAGCAGGCCGGCCUCUCGCGGCCCGGCGGCUCGGGCGGCUCGCUGCGCCUGCCCGCGUCGCCCUUUCACCGCACGCCGAGCUCGCCGUCGCUGCACAACGACGUCCUCUCGGAGCCCACGUCGGCCCGCGACAAAGAGUCGCUGGCCGAGCUCUGGGCCGGCUUCCUGGAGCGCAGCGCCAAGGAGGGCCUGCCCGACGGCGACGCGCGCUCCGCGUCGUCACGCAAGACGAGCGUCAGCAGCGCGGCGACGGGGACGACGGAAAAGGGGCCGUGA